CCUGCUGGUGGAGUAUGAUAGUAAUCUGGCAGCCCAGUUGGCUGUCAGCAUUAUCACAGUCUUCUCAGUUCACCACAUCUAACGUUAGCCAACUAAAUGCGUUAAUGCGAUGAACCGGGAAUUUAUUGACCAUGGCUAACCUUCGGAUUUCGUUAGCCGUCGCGGUAUUCCAGGCUGUCCUGUACAGAAGCUCCGAGGCUCUUUGGUGUAACUGCACCACUGCCCAGUGUGAGAAGACUGGUUCCCGAUGUGAGACAGAUGGAGCCUGCAUGGCUUCUACGUCCUUCAUUGAUGGCCAAGAGCAGCACAUCCGUAUCUGCAUCACGCGGGACAAUCUUGUGCCCCCUGGACAGCCUUUCUACUGCCUUGGAGCAGAGGGCUUGCUCAAUAUCCACUGCUGCUACACUGACUACUGCAACAGCAUUGACCUCAAAGUUCCUUCAGGAACAACUCCACCAGGAGUAGACAAAGGCUAUGGCCCAGGUGGGACAUGGGGACUGGUGGAACUAGUCGCUGUGAUUGCAGGGCCGCUGUUCCUGCUGUGUCUGCUUCUGUUAGUGGGCAUGUUCCUGUAUCAGUACCACCAGAGAGCCUACAACCAUAGACAGAGGCUGGAGGUAGAGGACCCCUCCUGUGACCACCUUUACCUGCCCAAAGACAGGACUUUACAGGACCUCAUUUAUGAUCUGUCCACAUCUGGUUCAGGCUCAGGUCUGCCUCUGUUUGUCCAACGGACCGUGGCCAGAACUAUUGUCCUGCAGGAGAUCAUAGGUAAGGGGCGUUUCGGGGAGGUGUGGCGCGGACGUUGGAGGGGUGGCGAUGUGGCGGUGAAGAUCUUCUCAUCUAGAGAAGAGCGCUCCUGGUUCCGUGAGGCUGAGAUCUAUCAGACCAUCAUGCUCCGACAUGAGAACAUCCUGGGCUUCAUAGCUGCUGACAAUAAAGAUAAUGGCACAUGGACUCAGCUGUGGUUGGUGUCAGACUACCAUGAGCAUGGCUCUCUGUUUGACUAUCUGAACCGCUACUCUGUUACUACUGAGGGAAUGAUCAAACUAGCACUAUCAGCUGCCAGUGGCCUUGCACAUCUGCACAUGGAGAUACUUGGAACACAAGGAAAGCCAGGCAUUGCCCACAGAGACCUUAAGUCUAAGAACAUCCUUGUGAAGAAGAACUGCACCUGUGCUAUAGCUGACCUGGGUCUGGCUGUCCGCCACGACUCUGCCACUGAUACGAUCGACAUUGCCCCCAAUCAGAGGGUUGGCACCAAGAGGUACAUGGCUCCAGAGGUUCUGGAUGAGACUAUCAACACGAGACACUUCGAUUCAUUCAAAUGUGCUGAUAUCUACGCGUUGGGGCUGGUUUAUUGGGAGAUUGCGCGCCGCUGCAACAGUGGAGGUAUCCAUGAAGACUACCAGCUGCCCUACUUUGACCUGGUACCUUCUGAUCCAUCCAUAGAGGAGAUGAGGAAAGUGGUGUGUGACCAAAAGCUAAGACCCAACAUCCCAAAUUGGUGGCAAAGCUAUGAGGCCUUGCGAGUCAUGGGUAAAAUCAUGAGGGAGUGUUGGUAUGCUAAUGGAGCCGCUCGCCUGACAGCCCUGCGAGUCAAAAAGACUCUGUCCCAGCUCAGCAUUCAAGAAGACAUUAAAGUCUGAGUGAAGACGGCGGAGCGCGGAGAACGAGCACUGAGCAGAGAGUCUGGCUCUACACUAUAGGCCAGUGGUCAGAAGGGGGCGGGCCCUUCUAUGGUGAAUGCACAAAGUAAGAGAAUAUGAUGAAGAGUGGCACUUUGUAAAAUAUUAGUCCAUAGACAUUCCUGCCAGUUUUGAAGCCACUUGAUUUCUGACAAACCCUACCUCGCUUACCCAGCCAAACUACCAAGAACACCUUUUCCUGUGUUGUCCACAGCUACUGCUGCCCUUCCUGAACCUUUCUGUUCCUAUCUUGAAUGCAGUCAAUUCCGGAAUAUGUAAUUAUCCAGUUAAGUUUUUAAAAGUCAGUUGCUAAUUCAGAGUUUCUUUGUUUGGUUUUGCUUGAUAGUUAAUUAUUAGCAUUCAUUCUUAUUGUCUCGGAGGGUUAGGGGUGUUUUUAACUUAUUGUGUUAUUUAAAAUGACUAUAAUAUAUAAUAUAUGGGUGUUUGUGAGGCUACUGUGUAGGUUUCUCUAUGCCACACCUCUCUCACACAGGUAAAUGGCAAACAACAUAUAUAUAUAUACGUAUAUAUAUGUGUGUAAUUCAGUGAGAAUAAUCCACUUGGUUCUGCUGCAGCGCUGCGGUGUCGCAGAUGUACCAUGUAAAUAAGGCAAUUGAGAUGGUUUGUGUGACUCAGCAAGGUGCUCUCACACUUUUUAAGUCACUGGAGUUGUAAAACACGAGUGGACCUUUUCCAUAAAUUGUUGUAAACCUCAGGUUUUUUAUUCAUGGUCAGCAAUCAACACGUUUUUUUUUUGUCCAGUUCAAAAAACAAACUGAAGCAAAAUACACAUUUAUGGUUUGUUAAACAAAAUAGAAUUUCACUCAGAUUUCUUGCGCUUCUCGUCCGAAACUGACACAACCAGUGGCUUCAGAUUUGGACACUCUUCAUGAAAAAGACUACAUGCAGCAUGUUGCACAGUGUCAUAUGUAGUAAUAUGUGUUAUAUAUUUGUGUCCUACUCUGAAGCUGCUGCUGUCGCACCAUAAACCCAUAAAGCAGAACCUGCCAUGAGUGCGUAUCCUGGCUCCAGUCCCUCAGAUCAGCUGGUCUACACUGAUAAACCUUUGCAGCAGCCAACACUACUGUAUUUACACUGUACACUACAUUACAUUACAUUACAUGUCAUUUUAUCCAAAGCGACUUACAAUAAGGUAAUGCAGAUGUAUUAUUUUCUUUACUUUAAAAAAAAAAAAAAAAAAACUUAACUCCGGGAAUCUGAAUAAUUUCUUUUAAUGUUUUCAUAUUGUCAAAGCAUGUCCAGUGUUAUUUUUGCCCUCAGGGCUCAUUUACCCUGGCCGUGUACAACUACUGUGCAUAAACGUGCUUUAUAUUCAUGCAUUCAUUGUCUGCCGUUUUAUCCUCUACAUGAGGGUCGCUGGUGCCAAUCCCAGCUGACACAGGGCGAAAGAAGGGGUGCAUCCUGGACAAUUCGCCAGUCCAUUACAGGGCAAACAGAGACAAACAACCAUUCACUCUCACAUUCACACUGACGGUCAGUUCAGAGUCCACUUUACCUCUGCAUGUUUUUGGACUGUGGGAGAAAACACACAAACACACACACACACACACAGGGAAAACAUGCAAACUUCAUGCAGAAAGGCCCUCAUUCUCAAAUCAAACACAACUUGAUUAUGAUUAUGUACCAGUCUCCACUUUUAGACCUAUGAAUGAACAUUAAUCAUGUGUCAGACAAACUCCUUUCUUGCUGUUGUUCAUCGGACAGCAGUCAUCAAUGUUUUCCCCUCCUCUGUGUGCUAGGAAAAGUCAGAAAUCAGUCCACAUUUUAUGUUUUCAGGAAAUAGGUGCACUUUUUUUUUUUUUUUUUUUUUUCAUUGUAUGCAACUCCAACAGGUACUGUUUGUUUUGUGUGCGUAUAGUCUUCCCUAUGUCCUGUGUAUGUUUGUAGGCUGUGAGUCCCUAUGAAAGCCUGAAAGGCCACAUGUGCACUACUACUGACCUCACAGCAUUUAAACCAAAUUAUUCUCAGAAUCAUCUCUGGUCAUGAACUUAAGUGUUUAUUUAAGAUCACACCACUGAAAGUGAGAACGUUUACACAAAUCUUGGCAAUCUGUUGCAGUCCACUCUGGAGAGAAUGUAACGCUUUCUUUAAGUCACUGGGAAAAGAAACGGAAUACUACUGAAAUGAUUCAACGCUGUCUCAAAAGUGUUUGACCAGCACUUUUUGAUUCAGAAUCCCUUGCUCACCUGCACUGUAUUGUUUAAGUCUGGAGGGAUGUUUAUAUUACAAGAGACAGACUGCACUCCAUGCUAUUGUUUUUGGCCGGAAAGGACUGGACAGCUCUGUUGUUUAAUAAGUGGUAGAAUAUUAUCCAUAUUUAUACACUUAAAAGGUAUGUUUGUCCAAUUGUAUCUGCCUUACAAUGUCAAUAUAAAAAGAACGUCAUAUAGUAUUUAAGGUUUUUAACACGUUGCUCUAAAAGUGGGAUGUGAUUCAAAGUAAUGGAGUAUUAUACAACAAGUUGUGUUGACUUCCAAGUCUCUGUCCAAUUAAGGCAAAGGAACAAAUGCAUCUAUGUACAAAUCCCUUCAGGACUUCAAUCAUGUACCUUCUAAUAUAGAGUAAUAAAUAUAAUUGUUUUCCAA